CAUCAGAGCUACUGCGUAGUGACAAUCAAACCUUAGCCGGGCUAGAAUAUACAGAGAGCUCCAUCCAACCGUCUACAAUACGAUUUGAUUAGAGUUGCUUGGCGGAUUUGCACAGCCCUCUGCUUCUCUUCCUUCACCUUCCUCUACUCCGAGGCCGAGGGAUCAGCAAUUAAUACGGAGCUGACGUGUCGAUAAAGAAUUAACCUGCUGUUUGCUUCUCCAACCUUGACAAACCAAUCACAACAGCAAACAAACCCUCCCUUGCCCGAUAUCCCGUUAAUAACAGACAACCUCCUCCUCCAUCUUACGACAUACCUUGAUCGACCACACCUUUCCAGAUACGGGUCGCGAUGUGUUUCGGCAGUAAAAAGGAUAACAUCCAGGACGAGGACGAUUUGCCGGCCCGGCCAGCACAGUACGCGCCCCCUCAGCCGACGUACGCUCCUUCCAAGAAGGAGAGCAUGCCGGCAUCACCGCCGCCUCUGCCGUCGCAGAAGCCGGACCCGCCGUACCACCAGCAGCAGCAGCAGCAGCAGCAGCCAGUCGCCGAGCUUGCUGCCGACGAUAUCGCCCCCCCGCCGGGCCCGCCGCCCUCCCACCAGCAGCGGUCUGACAAUGCUGACUACGCACCGCCGUCGGGCCCGCCUCCCCGGCAGCAGGGCGUUGUAGACGAAUAUGCUCCUCCCUCGGGCCCGCCUCCCCGGCAACAGGGAAUUGCCGAUGAAUACGGCCCUCCGUCAGGCCCGCCCCCGUCUCAGAGGCGAGACGAUGCUGCCGGCUACGCACCGCCUCCAGGCCCACCUCCCUCCAAGCAACACGGCGACAUUGACGAGUUCGCACCACCCCCGGGCCCACCCCCUUCGAAGCAACAGCUCAACGACUACGACUUCGCGCCGCCGCCGGGCCCGCCGCCGGCGCCCCAGGCAGACUACACGGCGCCGCCGCCGGGCCCACCCCCCUCGCACGCGGAGAAACCCAAGCACGAGUGGGAGGAGCUGGUGCCCGACACGUCGCUCUUCCCGCCGCCGCCGGACAUCUUCUCCGGGUGGGACCGGUCGCCGGCGGCGAACGCGACCGAGGCCGAGGCCGAGGCCGGGGAGGCGUGGUGUGCGCGCCACCCGAUGAUGGCGCCCCUGGCGCUCGACGGCGCCGCCGAGGAGGCGAGGCGCGCGCACGCCUUCCAGUUCGUCGAGCCGCCGAGCGGCCUGUUCCACGGCAGGCUGGAGAGGGUGGGUGGCGGCCUGGGCGUCUGGAGGGGCCGCACCGAGCCGAACGCGCCGGAUAGCUGCCUCAUCGCCUACCCGCCGCUGUAUGCGGUCACCAGGGACAGCCCGCUUGCGCUGCGGCCGACUAGCAGCAGCGCCGGGGGGGUGGGCGGUAGGAAGAGGACCAUCUACUACGAGGUGCGGAUCCUGGCGGAUGGGCGGCGCGGCGACACGAGCCUCGCCAUGGGGUACACGGCGCUGCCGUACCCGGCGUUCCGGCUUCCCGGUUGGCACAGGGGUAGUCUGGCGGUGCACGGCGACGACGGGCAUAGGUAUGUCAAUGACCGGUGGGGGGGCAAGAGCUUCACGGAGCCGCUGGUCAGGGGCCGCACGUACGGGUUGGGAAUGACCUUCACGGCGGACGGGGAGGGGAGGCUGAGCGUGGAUGUUUUCUUCACCGAGGGGGGCCGGGAGAAGGGGAGGUGGAACCUGCAUGAGGAGACGGAUGCGGAGCAGGAUCUGCCUGUUACCGGGCUGGAGGGGUUCCAUGAUCUUAGCUGCGCGGUGGGCACGUUUGACGCCAUUAGCUUUGAGGUCGUCUUCGAUCCUGCGAUGUGGCUUUAUAAAGGGGUCGGGGCUUGAGAGCCCUGCCACUUAGGGGGCCUCCCUUUUGGCUUGCCUUUUGCUAUGGACUUUAGUUGUUAAUGUUUAGAUAUGCGGCAGCGAAUAUGAGCCCUGCUUUGCUGUAUCGGCCUCCCAGCUACUCAUGUUUUAUUAUUUCCGGCGGAUGCUUCGUCUGCACAUACCUGGGUAUCUACCUAUCUAGACACCUAAGGGAAUGUAUCAAUUACGUAGUCUGACGGCUUGCCGUGUGGGUCAGAUUUAGACUACCGGCGGCCGCUAAUCCCCACCAACCAAUGAACUGCUUCCGGGAC